CACUUUUUAUGUAUCCCGUUGCGGUCGAAUGUCGGAAAAUAACCUAAACCUUUACAAGUUGCAAUCGAAUGUCGGGAAAUAGCCGCCCCUAUAUUACAAAGCGACCUACACACGUCUAUUUCUUUGAACGAUAUUAUACACACUAGUCUAGUAAACUAUAGACUAUUACAAUUCUUUUGAAAGGAAAUUUGACGCAAAUCUUCACAACAAUAGUCUCUGAAUGUUGCUGCUGAUCUAUAUUUGGUGUCCUGAAGUACACAAGUGUACAUAUAUCAGUGUACUUGUGUAGUAAGAGUACAUACACAAGUGCACACUUCUAAUAUUUACGUCUUUAGAAUGAUUUCGAUGACAUUUUUAAAUAAUGAAAUGUUUACAUCUUAUUGUGAACACUAGAAAAUUAGCAAUACUUGAGGAAUAUUUUAAUUACAUGUGACAGAAGAUUGAUAUUUUAAAGAGUCGAAGAAUGUCUGUGGAAACUAAAGCUAUGGAUAAUAAUUUGCUAUUACCGCCUGAUAAAAUGCCAAAAUGUUGGAACGAAGAAGAAAGAAUGAAUGCUUUGUUUUCUCCUUUUCGAAGCAAAUCUGCCAAUCCACAAGACUGGACAUCUAAAUACAAGUUUUGGCAAAACCUAAUAUAUGAAUGGUUGAAGCAUAACAUGCAAUCCAGUUUCUCUAUCGCAGACUUAAAUGUUGCUUUUAAAAGGAAAGGUUGCACUCCGCUUUGUUUGACAUCUGUUGUUGAAGAACUGCUCAGAAAUGGUGAAAUAAUUCCAGAAACUGAAUUUUUAAAAGAACCAUGCGAUUCUUGGACAUCAUGGUCAAUUGAUAUAUUUGUAAAGAGACCGUUUGUAUGGUCAUUUUCAAAAGUUAAAAGUUACGUUGUAAGCAAUGAAAUUAAUAAAGAAACUAGAUAUAUUCAUUUGCAAAUUAUUAGUGAAUUAGCAGAAACAAUAUUUUUUAUUUUGAAAGACGAAAAGGAAAAUCUUCUUGUACCAUUUUCUGAGGUACUAAAAAGUUGUAAAUCUAAAAUGAACAAAAAUAUAUCUGAUAAUACUGUCAUGUUAGUUUUAAUAUGGUUAAGACGUAAAAAAAAAGUGGUCUUUACAAAUAAUAUAAAUGAAAAUGAGUUGUUAAUUAAGAUUGCUGUACACUCGUCUGAUAAUAUAACAGAAAUUGAGGAAGCACUGUAUAAAUUAGAGAAACAAGAAAAUGAGCUUGUAAACGAGAUACAUCUCAUGGAAGAAAAAAAAAUCGAUAUCAUUAAUCAGUCCAAAUCGUACUUAGCAAAAGGAUUAAGACAAAUGGCAAAGACACAUUUAAGAAAAAAAUUCGAGUUAGAAAAUACCAUUGAAAAAAGAGUGCAAACUCUUGAGAACAUUCGAUCCCUUGUAUUAAGUAUUCAAAAUACUCAUACAAACACUGCUGUAUUGUCAGCCUACAAAACAGGAUCUGAUGUGUUAAAGAAAUUAAACGAAAGCGAUAUAUCAGAAUCUAAUGUCAAAGAUAUUAUGGAUAACUUGUCAGAGGCCUUGGAAGAACAAAACGAAGUACAACUUAUGUUAUCAGAGAAUUUGAAAAACGAUAUUUCCGAUAUUGAUCUAGAACAAGAAUUAGAGGAAUUAAUGAAACUUGAUGAAGACUCUUUGCCUUCAAUACCAAGUGAAAAAUUAAGUUCUAAUAUUGAUGAACUUGAACAAAGAUUAAAAAAUUUGCAAGUUGAAAGUACUCCUACAUCUAAUGUUGCUUCAUUUGAGUCAUCAUCGCGAAAUGUUCGUAACAAAGAAACAUUAAGGAACCUAGAAUAUGUGUGAUCUGUGAAUGUCAAUAAAUUAUUAGCAAAAUUUUAUUAAUAGAAUACAUGUAUAUCCAUUUAUUUACUUACAUCAUGUUUUAUUUUUUAAAUUGCUUCACAUACAAAUAUUUCUUGUAAUAUAAUAGUAUUUAUUAAGGUUUUAUAUAAAUGCAUUCUGUAAGAGUAUAUAACCUAAUCGUAUAAAAUAUGUGAUUUUACACGAAUCCAUUAAAAAUAUUAUUUUUAAUAUCGUA